CCACUCAUUAAUUUGCUGCACAGUUCGUCCUCGGAUGCUGCGCCUCCGCUCGUCUCUGCUUCCACUGCGCAGCCGCACUUUCUCCGGCGGGCAGAAGGCAGAGGCGUCAGACGGGAAAAUGGCCCUCGACAAUCUGAUCUUCGCGCAGUGCAUCCUCUACUUUCUGGCCUUCGUGUUCGGCUUCAUCGCCGUGGUGCCGCUGUCGGAGAACUCGGAGGACUUCGGGGGGAAAUGUCUGCUGUUCACCCGUGGAAUGUGGCAAAACGAAAACAUCACCGUGUCGAAGCAGCGUUUCAUCGUGGAGGAGUGGGGACCCGAGUGCUCCUGCAGCUUCAUCACUUUUAUCGGGAUUGCAUCCCUCAUCCUAUCCGCAGUGCAGGCAUGGAGGCUGCUGUUCUUUUUGUGCAAAGGACACGACGACAGCUCAUUUUUCAAUGCCUUCCUCAACCUGAUGAUAAGCUCCCUGGUGAUGUUCACCAUCUUCCUAUCCAGCACCAUUGUCAGCGUGGGUUUCAACCUGUGGUGCGAUGCCAUCACUGAGAGUGGGACCAUGCCUAACAGUUGUGAGGAGCUGCAGGACACGGACCUUGAACUUGGCCUGGACAAUUCUGCCUUCUAUGACCAGUUCGUAAUAGCUCAGUUUGGCCUUUGGGCUGCCUGGCUGUCCUGGCUUGGGAUCACAGUGUUAGCCUUCCUGAAGGUCUACCAUAACUACAGACAGGAGGAUCUGCUCGACUCCCUGAUCCAUGAGAAGGAACUGCUGCUCAGCCGCUCUUCACGCUGCGGCUCUGACCUCAAAACUGGCCUGAUCUAGAAACUACAAAUCUCUCAUCUCUGCCCUACAGUGCUCGUCACAAGUUCACAUACGCUCGACAUCCACAUGGAUCUCGUUUUAGAUAUUGAUGAUGCAUUUGAACCGUUUUUUAGGGUGGACUGAUGAACAAGCAACUUCACAGAAUUUCAUGAAGAAUUACAUCCACAGGUUAUCUCUAAUCUAUUGGUCAAAAUGUCAGGUUAGGUUGUAGAGAUCUUAAAUUCUGGCCUUAAUUUUUCACUACUGUUGUGGGAAAAAAAAAUUAUUUACCAGGCAAUUUUAGUUGAAAUUCCUAAAUUAGGUUUAUUUAUGUGCUGCACAAAAACAAGAAAAAAUGAAGCUCUCAAUAAAAGCUCCAUCAAACAGUCA